UUUCCAAAGAAGGGGAGUAAAUCGUAUACAGAGAUAGCAACAGAUUCCACAGACCGCUUUCAAAAACUAAAUUUCUUUUUUUAUUGUGGACUACGGUAUCCUGUAACAGUCUAUCCUCUAUUUCCGUUGCUAAGGACAGACUGUUAAGCUUGAAAUAACAGUGAACGCUGCGGUGUGAUUAGAAAUAUAGGACUAUUUGUAUAUUUACGUUGUGUUGGAGAUUUACGUUAUAUUGCAUUGUUUUGGUUUGCCAAAACGAGUUUAACGGAGACUUUCUAUCGGCUCGGUGGACCUUUCAGGUUUUGUGGAUGCACUUAGAUGUUUGCAAUGAGCACUGUGGCUGGCAUGCCCCAGUGUUUUGGAUGCCAAUGUGUAGGACUCCGUAGAAAUCGAUUGUAUCAGCAGCGAACGUCAUGAGCAUAGUGAUCCCAAUAGGGUUUGACACAGCGGAAUCCUCAUAUUUGGAAAUGGCUGCAGGGUCAGAACCGGAAUCUGUAGAAGCGAGCCCUGUGGUGGUAGAAAAAUCAAACAGUUAUCCGCACCAGUUAUAUACCAGCAGUUCUCAUCAUUCGCACAGUUACAUUGGUUUGCCUUACGCAGACCAUAAUUAUGGUGCUCGUCCUCCACCAACUCCCCCAGCGUCCCCUCCUCCAGCAGUUGUGAUAGGAAAAAAUGACGUGAGCAUAUUCACUACUGCUAAUUUUGAUGAGACCUCCAGUGCCACCACGAUCAGCACUUCUGAGGAUGGAAGUUAUGGCACAGAUAUUACCAGGUGCAUCUGUGGGUUCACCCAUGAUGAUGGAUACAUGAUCUGUUGUGACAAAUGCAGCGUGUGGCAGCAUAUAGAUUGUAUGGGUAUUGAUCGGCAACAUAUACCAGAAACCUACCUAUGUGAUCGUUGUCAACCUCGGAGUUUGGAUAGAGACAGAGCUAUGUUGUUACAAACAAGGAAAAGGGAAAAUAUGUCAGAUGGAGACACCAGUGCAACUGAAAGUGGCGAUGAAGUACCUGUGGAGCUAUAUACAGCCUAUCAGCAAAUCCCUACAACUAUCACAUUGACCGCUACUCGAGUAACAAAGGUAACUGAGAAAAAGCGAAAGAAAAGUGGAGAAAAGGAGCAGUUUGCUGCAAAAUCGAGAAAGCCUUUUCGGGAAGGAUCUCGAAAAUCUUCAAGGGUAAAGCAAAAUUCAGUAUCAGAAACCGAUGCUGUUGAUAGUGCUAAUUUUGUGUGGGAGAACAAAAUCAAAACGUGGAUGGAUCGAUAUGAAGAAGCAGAUGGGAAUCAAUACAGUGAGGAUAUUCAGAACAUCCUUGAAGCACACCGAUUAGCAUUAGAAAUAGGGGAUGGACAUGAAAAAAUGGAGGUCGUCAGUAGAUCAGACCUAAGUACCAAUCUUGCAGCCGUUAAGCCUCCAGUAGAGAGUCAAGUGCAGAAAAACAAAAAAAUAUUGAAAGCCUCCAAAGACUUGCUUCCUGAUACCUUCAUUAUUGAAUAUCGUGGAAAGUUCAUGCUACGGGAACAAUUUGAAGCAAAUGGACAUUUCUUUAAAAGACCUUAUCCCUUUGUAUUAUUUUAUUCAAACUUUCGAGGACUGGAAAUGUGUGUUGAUGCAAGAACGUUUGGAAAUGAAGCAAGGUUUAUUAGGCGAUCAUGUGUACCAAAUUCAGAGGUUCGCCAUAUAAUUGAAGACGGUAUGAUUCAUCUUCAUAUAUACUCCAAGAGAAACAUUCCAAAGGGUACAGAAAUUACUAUUGGAUUUGACUUUGAUUAUGGAAACUGCAAAUACAAAGUGGACUGUGCUUGUCUGAAAGGGAAUCCAGAUUGUCCAGUCCUCAAACAAAAUUUGGAGCCAACUGAGAACAUUAGCAUUGGUUAUGAAACAAGAAGGAAAAAAGGAAAGAAAGAAAAGGACAGCAUAAAAGAAAAGGAUGCUCAAAAUCAAAAUAUUUCUUCUGAUACUGAAGGAAUGGCCACCAAAUCUAAAGGAUUAGAUAACAAACAGAGGAAACUGUCUCCCCUCAGGGUGUCUUUGACUAACAAUCAGGAGCCAGAUUUUAUUGAGGAUAUAGAAGAAAAACCUCCAGUUAGCAAUGAAGUAGAGAUGGAGUCUGAGGAGCAGAUUGCAGAGAGAAAAAGAAAGAUGACUAGAGAAGAACGAAAAAUGGAAGCCAUCAUGCAAGCAUUUGCAAAGAUGGAGAAGAGGGAGAAAAGAAGAGAACAGGCUUUAGAACGAAUCAGCACAGCAAAAGAUGUUAAACUAGAGACUAAAGAAACACAAGCAGUAGCCAUCUCGGAUUCCACACAGGAAUCAGUGAAAGAAGAAAUCAUAAGUAAGCCAAAUCCUGCCAAGAUAAACAGAGCAAAACAGAGGAAAAGUUUCUCUCGCAGUAGGACUCACAUAGGACAACAACGCCGGAGACACAGAACUGUCAGUACCUGCUCAGACAUUCCUCCAUCUUCUCCAGAAGUUGAUGUGCAACAGAAUGAAGUUGAAAAUAAUUUUGCUGAGACCAUCCCUAGGCCAUGUGAUACUAACGUGGAAGAAGAAGCGAUCGAAGUAGAACCAGCAGCAGUAGCAGCAACAGAAACAACCCCAAUAACAGCAGAAGAAACAGCUGGAACCCCAUCACCAUUUAUCAACAAAAUUGCAACUAAAUAUCCCAAAACAAAAAAGCACUUGGUCACUGAAUGGUUGAAUGAGAAGGCUGGAAAACUAACUGACAGUCCUCUAGAGAGACCCCUGCGAAUAACAACGGACCCCGAAGUUCUUGCAACACAGUUGAAUUCGUUACCGGGCCUUGCGCACAGUCCUCAUAUGUAUACAACACCAAAGCACUAUAUUCGCUUUUGCUCCCCAUUUUUGACAGAGAGAAGACGUCGGAAAGAAACAUUGGAACUGAAGGUUGGAUCUUGCAAAAAGCGUUGGUUAAAACAGGCCUUAGAGGAUGAAACUUCAACUGUUGCUGAUGCCUUUGAUUCAACUUCCUGUGAUGGCUCUCUAAGCCCAGCAAUGAGCGGCGAAACUAACAGCCCAGGCACUGUUACACUCAGUGGAAAUUGUUGUUUGACAGAAUUGAUUACCCCUUUAAAGAAAAGAAGAUUACGCCAUUUAACUGACUCUGGUUUACCUGAGCCCUUCACUCCAGUCGCUUCUCCACAGACAACUCCCCCAUUUAUUGACAUCACUGCCUCAGAUCCUUCUUUGUUUAGUACUCCAACAAAGGGGAAAAUAGAAGAUGAAUCUUGUAGAAAUGGCCCGAAACCUGUUUAUUCACCGGUGACACCAGUAACGCCCAACCUUCAUGGAAAUAGUCUACAAUUUGAAAACAUUUCAUCACCUGAAAGUUCCCCAGAAGUUAAACGAAGAAUUUACACUCAUGAGAUUUCUGAGAAAGUAUCCUCCUUCUUGGCACUGAAUUCUUUACGGAGCUCCAACCUAACAGAAAUGGGACUACUUGAUGUGAAAACUAUUGAAGAUGUUAGCCCAAGAAGCAGAACAGAAAUUAGCCAAUGUAUCAGUGGCAUGGAAUCUGUUUCAGAACUCCAUACAGGAUUUGAAUUGUGUGAGCAGCACACACUGCACAAAGAUUUAGAUUGCCCUAUUCACCAUGAUCGGACUGAUGCAAGCAGCCAAUCAGAACCUAUUUACAGUGGAAUGGGCUCUGUGUACUCUUCAUGGAUGAAGAGCCCUGAACGACCGAACCUAAAUUUCUCGCCAUUGAAUUCCAAUCUUCGGGAUCUUACACCCUCACAUCAGUUGGAGAUAGGUGGUGGCUUUAGGGCGAAUGAAUCAAAAAUGCUUCAAGAUGACACCAGACUGUCAUUUCCAGAAGGAACUGGUUAUUACUGCUCCGAGGACGGGAUGAUCAAUUUUGGUAAAGGGAUUAAUGGGGACAGUAUGACCGAAGGAAGCUGUACACCACAAAAUCCACCACAGAAGAAAAAAGUGUCUCUACUGGAGUAUCGUAAAAGACAGAGGGAAGCAAGGCAAAGUGGUUCCAAAUUGGAAAGCUUCUCUCCAGUUGCUACGUCACCACAUUGUGUCGGUGGUAGUGGUAAUAAUGUGGCCAGCAGCACUGACAAUGGCAGCAAUGUAAAAGCUAGUGGGGAGCUGGGGGAAAGUAUCCCUAGUCAUCCAUCAUCUUUGCUUGCGACAGUAGAGUCUGUCAGUCCGAUUGAAACUGGCAACACAUCUCCAGUUAAGCAACCACCCUUGACAGAAAAGAAAAUAGAUGAGGCAGAUGUUCGAUGGAUUGCUUCAACUUCAGUUGAAAAAGUAAGGGAAAGAAGUUACCAGCGAGCACUGCUUUUAAGUGAUCAUAGAAAAGAAAAAGAAGUUGGAACGAUUUCACCCACUCAUAGCCCAACAUCAACUCAUUGGCCACAGUCUCAUCUCCAAACUCCACCUUCAUCCCAUUGUACAAAACCCAUUCCACGUCUCCAACUGAAGACCCCAGCUUUUCAUUCCAGUGAAUCUAACCUAGAAGUUUCAGAAGCUGAAGUCCCAGACCAAAUUUCUGAAAAAGAGUGUCCUUCUCCAGUGAGUUCUCAAAAGCCUAAUAUAAGCCCCACAAAGUUAAACAAGCCUUGUCCAUCACCGCCUCCAGUUUCCUCCCAGUCCCAUGUAAAGCUGCAGGCAAAGGCUUCCCAAGCUGAGAGUACAAUUAAUAUAACUGAGACUUCUAAUUUAAAUCAACCUAAAUCUGAGGCACAACAGAAGCUCCAUUUUCAGUAUGAUUCCCAGCCAGUAACAAAAACUAAUUUUGCCAGCCAAUCUGGAAAUCCACAUCAUUCACAACAUCCAUGUCCACUACAAUCCCAGAAUUCCGUAAAACCAUCUAGUGUUCAGCCAUCUCAGCUUCCAUUGAAGGCUCAGUGUCCUGUGCUUCCAUCACAUUCUGAGAAGACUAUUAAACCUCCAGCCUCUCACACGCCUGGAAUGUCCAGCUACCUACCAUCAAGUUCUCAACCACAGCCUCAUACGCUUUUGCAUUCGCCAAAGUCUCAGUCGCAGCUUCUGGGAUCAUCCUACAGGACAAUUCAUUCACAGUCACCUCAGGUGGGAACUGCACAGGUCACAUCACACCGAGGAUCCUUUUUAACCCCUGUCACAGUGGGGCAAGUGUACUAUCAAUCAUCACAACCUGGGAAUUUAGCACAAAAGCAGCAGACAAAUGCAACAUUUUAUUCUUCAUCUGCAGCACCUUCAAGUCAUCAGCCUGGUCUGAGUCAGUUCAGCCAGCAACAUUCAAGCAGCAGUGUGCCACCGCCACCACCGCCACCUCCUCCUCCACCACCACCACCACCACCACCCACCUAUUAUCAAAACCAGCAAACUUCUGGGAGCUUUCAAACCUUCAGUCAGCCAAGAACAAAUGUUCUCCAGCAAGGAGCAUUUUCUCCUGCUCCAAGUUCUACCCAAAAUUUGCCUGGAUCCAGUUUACUUCCAUCUUCUCCUGUGACGAUUUUACACCAAGGUCCUGCACAGUCUCCAGGUUCUGCUUUAUUGCAAUCUUCUGGGACACAAUCAGCAGUAGCUGCUUCUGUACAUCAUGCGUCGUCUACAGGACAAUAUCCUCCAUCUGUGAGUUCUGGUCUGCAUCACACUUCCUCAACAUCGGCAACACAGCCACCUUCUUCAGUGUCUCAGUCACCCGGAUCAGGAUCACAUCUUCUGCCUCUUUCACAUCCUCCACCUCAAGGACAGACCCAGCACCCACCACCGUUGCCACAUGUAACCAGUACAGUCCAUCCAGUACCACCAACCCAGGGGCAACUACUACACGCUCAAACUUCAGGACAUCAUCCACCACCACCCCCACCACCUGGGCCAACACCCCAUCACCCUCCACCUUCUGCAACUGGACUGCAAUGUUUACCAGCUUCUGGAACUGCAACACCACAUCAACUUGCACUUAAUUCCGCACCACCUCCUCCUCCUCCACCGCCACCACCACCACCCCCACCACCACCAGCUCCAGUCCAUGGAACAGGACACCAUGUUUCCCCAGGACAAGCAUCUCAUCAUUCAACUUCUCAAGGACCACAUCAUCAUCCACCAGGGGCCCAUCAAACUUUGGGUCACCAUCCUACACAUCAUCUAGGAUCUGCACUUCCACCUGCAGGGUCAGGAUCUCACCAUUCACUGCCAAGACAAGGCUCACACCACCAGUCACAAGGAGCAAAUAAUAUUGCGGCACUUGCAAGCCCAGGAUUCCAUCCUCCAUCCCCUAGUGUGGUGUCGCUUCCACAUGUGGGUCAAGGACUUAAACAGAUCCCUGCAUUACCCCAACAAAUUUCUGUGCCCAGGCCACAGUUACCACCAUCUUUCCAGCAAAAUAACUUUCACAGCUCAGGAUGGCACUGAAAUGGGGCUGUGUAACCCAUUUUGAACAUAAUUCUGUAAAAUAAGAUGUAAAUAUUUUAUGUAAUGUAUCUUUUGAAGAUACUUCUUAAGACUUGUAAGUUAGAGAUUGUAAUAAACUUAAAACCAGUGCUCAUCCUUGUUUGUCUUUCAUAACUGUUCUUGAUUCUUAAGAACACUUUACUCCUGUUGGAGUUGUACAUAUAUGUUUGUGAAGCCAGUGGGACAAAAAAAACAUUUUAAAUUUUAUUUUGUAAGUAGACAUUCCAGCCAUCCUAUCUGAUAUUGUAGUGCACAGGUUGGCUCAAAAUUGUAAUUUAGUAUUUUAUUGUUGCAUUUAAAAAUGCAUUUAUUGAAUGUUUUGUAUAAAUUUUUUUAUUCAAGUAUGUUAAAUAUAUCUGCACUUCGAAGGAGUGUUGGCACUCAAGCAAUUUACUUAUUUUUGUUCAAUUUCUUUCUGUAGUAAAAUUUUUUGCAUACUAUUAAAGUAUAGCAGGACAAUGCAAUAUUGGUUUUGAGACAUUGCAGUGUGGUUCUUUUACUUUAUUGGUUAUUUGUAGGAAAGUAAUUUAAUGUAUAGAUUAUUUCUAAUUUCUUCUGCAGAUGUUAUGUAAAUAAUUGUGUAUUUACUUUUUCCUUUGUAAAAAAAAACACUCGCCAAUGCUUCUGCCCCAUUUUUGAAUACUGUUGUACAUUUGAGUCCCUUUGCAAAAAUGUGUAUGUUCUUUGUGAGCUUAGUAUAAGAAUUUUAAUUUUUUUAAGAUACUGUCACAUUGCAGCACUGGGCAUUUUAAUCCAUGUUAAUAAAUCACAGUAAAUUGCAUUUUUUUACAAAUGACAAAUGUGGACUUAGGAUUUUGUGUUAUAUACAUUUUAAACCUACAUUCUUAAAGUUUUGUAUUAAUAUGCAUACUUAAUAUUACAGGAUAGCAGAAAGGCACUGGAUUAAUAUUUAUUCUUACUUUUGUUUAACUGUAUUUCAUUGUUAGUUCUUGAUCUUGCCACUGUUUAAUGAACCCAAAUGAAUAGGGGAAGAGAUGGCAAAUCAAAACUCCAAUAAGGGUAAUGUGCUGUCAGCAAAAAUGGUAAAUAACAUAGGUUUGUAUACACAAGAUAAAGUUUAAAAAAAAACCAUUUUAUAACUGAUUGCCUGCAUAAAUGAAUCUAUAUAUAUGUGUGUGCACUUAUUUAUUUACACAUUUAUUUCACAGCAAUUCUGCCAUUGACUCUUUCUGUGAGCUUAAGUAAAUUGCAGAACAUUUGCUGCUUGUUAUCAGCAGGUUAAAUAGAUUUCAGAUAUCCCAUUGUGAAUUGGGGUAGUAUAUAAAAGGUAAAAACAAGAUGGUAAUUUUGAAGUAUGUUCGAGGUAACGGUGUAAUUGCAGCAUUACCAGAAUGUAACUGAUCAGAGCACUCUUGUAUUGAACCAGCAUAGGAUUGUUGGGCUAGUUGUCUUUUCUCCCCCAUGCUAAAAUAUUUCAGAUCUCUUAAAGGAUUAAAAAUAUGCAAGCUAUUCUAGAUUAGAUAUAGCUGUAAACUGAACUGCAGAAAUUAAAGAAA